CAAAGAUGGCGAGGGAGGCCGCCGAGAGGGCAGGCUGAACCGAUCGCCCGAACCCGCGGCGGGCGGACAGCAGUGACCGUGGCUCCGGCGCUGCCCCAACCAUGGAGGGCGGCAGCGGUGCUAGCGACAACAGCACCAGCGGCGGUGGCGGCCCGCAGCAAAGGGAACUGGAGCGCAUGGCUGAGGUCCUGGUCACCGGGGAGCAACUACGGCUCCGGCUCCACGAAGAAAAGGUGAUCAAAGACAGACGGCAUCAUCUGAAAACCUACCCCAACUGCUUUGUGGCCAAAGAACUGAUCGACUGGCUGAUCGAGCACAAGGAGGCUUCCGACCGAGAGACGGCAAUCAAACUCAUGCAGAAGCUAGCAGACCGGGGCAUUAUUCAUCACGUGUGUGAUGAACAUAAGGAAUUCAAGGAUGUCAAACUCUUCUACCGCUUUCGAAAGGAUGAUGGCACCUUCCCUUUGGACAACGAAGUGAAGGCCUUCAUGAGAGGACAGAGGCUCUAUGAGAAGCUGAUGAGCCCCGAAAACACACUUCUGCAGCCCAGGGAGGAAGAAGGAGUCAAGUAUGAACGCACCUUCAUGGCAUCGGAAUUCCUGGACUGGCUGGUUCAGGAAGGUGAGGCCACUGCCAGGACGGAGGCGGAGCAGCUUUGCCACCGGCUUAUGGAGCACGGCAUCAUCCAGCACGUGUCCAACAAGCACCCAUUUGUGGACAGCAAUCUUCUCUACCAGUUCAGAAUGAACUUCCGGCGGCGGCGAAGGCUGAUGGAGCUGCUCAGUGAAAAGUCCCUCUCCCCUCAGGAGGCUCACGACAGUCCCUUCUGCCUGAGGAAACAGAGUCAUGACAAUCGGAAAUCUACCAGCUUUAUGUCAGUCAGCCCCAGCAAGGAGAUCAAGAUCGUGUCUGCGGUGCGGAGGAGCAGCAUGAGCAGCUGUGGCAGCAGCGGCUACUUCAGCAGCAGCCCCACGCUCAGCAGCAGCCCCCCUGUGCUCUGUAACCCCAAGUCUGUGUUAAAGAGACCCAUCACCGCCGAGGAACUCUUAACUCCCGGGGCUCCAUACGCAAGGAAGACCUUCACGAUUGUUGGCGACGCAGUGGGCUGGGGUUUUGUGGUUCGAGGAAGUAAGCCAUGCCACAUCCAGGCCGUGGACCCCAGUGGCCCCGCCGCCGCCGCAGGAAUGAAGGUCUGUCAAUUCGUCGUCUCAGUAAAUGGACUCAAUGUGCUGCACGUCGACUACCGGACGGUGAGCAAUCUGAUCCUGACGGGGCCCCGCACAAUCGUCAUGGAAGUCAUGGAGGAGCUAGAGUGCUGAGCCAGUCAACCUUCCUCCCUCUCGCUGCAUCCUGCCUGGGGGAGGCUGAAGCCAGACAGUUCAAACUGUUGCAAUGACAAGACUUCAUGCAGUGGAUGGCUUUGGCUAUGGUUCCUGCAUACAUUCACAUCUUCAUUUGCGUUUCACAUACUGUUUGGUUUGUGGAAGACCCGGGUAACAUGUCUUAAACAAAACAAAUUGGUGUGCCAGUGUAGCAGAAUAUUAGGAAACAAGAGUUUUCCUACGUGGUAGAAUUGCCUUACUAGAUUUCUACUUGUACUUCUCAUUCAUUGUUUUUGAUCUUAAUGAAUUUGUGGAACGUUGUUGGAAUGCUGUCUUAGCCCAAACAACAACAUGUUAAACAGUCCUCUUUGCGGAAGUUGAUAGAGUAAUUUUCAUAGACUCCCAAGUGCAUUCUUUCCAAAAGUCAGCAUGGAAUUGCCUAAUGAUCUAGAGUAAUUGCAAAUCGAAGCAGCACCCAAAGGUUGUUUACUAGCAUCUUGGAGAAAGUUCAAGUGCUAAAAAAGCCAUCUGAAAAUUAUUUUUCUUAAAUCCUGCCUUUAGUAAAACUUUUUACUAAGCAUAUGUUUGCAACAGGACUUUUGUUGAUAAUAAAGGAAACAAAACACCAAGGCCUUGGGCUGUUCUUGGGUGAAGGUGCAUCAGGGGAUACAGUUUUAGACUCUACCCUCCUUUUCUUUGUCUCUUUAUGAGCCUAUUGGUUUACAUAGAAACCAGCAACCACGCUUUCACAAGGUAAUUCCUGAAUGUGUUGAAUGCCAGAGAAGACAUUUGUAGGUGUACAGAUCCAAAAUUAAGCCUGCUAGCAGGGUUUCCCUAGCAGGUGCCCCCCUUUUUAAGUGAAGGAUUCUAGAACUUGGCCCAAACAGGGUAAGAUCUUGACUGGAAAUUGCCUUCUCAGCCUGAGGUUCUAUGAGCUGUCUGGUGUAACUUGUUUUAACAACAUGACGUGCUGCUGACGGGGGGGAAAUGAUUUUUCACCCAAAUCGCCAGAUUAUGUUGUACUUUCUCAACUCACUUGUAUAUAUGCAUGUUUCCCAUCGUUUGGUCUCGAAAAGAGUGAAUUGGGGAGCUUGGUGUAUUGAGGGAAUUCCUCACCGUGCCAAAUUAAGGAGACAGAAUACCAAAUUUUUGUUAAUCUCAUGUAGUGAAUUCUGAAUGACCAGGUUGCUUUCUCGCCACGCAUUUGCAAAAUAAAAUACCAAAUCUUUUACCACAA